AUGUCUUUUAAUACACCGUUUAGUGAAGAUUUAGAAAGAACUGCGACAAAUAAUUCUCAUAGAUACAAGGAUUAUCCGGAAUUUGACAGCUUAUCAACAACUAUAGAGAAUCAAUUACAUUUUAUCAAUUCAGAACUCUUAUCGUCUAUACGUCUGGAUUUAGCAAAAUUAGAAAAGGAUAAAACUGACACAACAUUAUCUGAAAGUUUAAGUGGUCAAUUUAGAAAAACCACUGAUGCAUUCAAAAAAGUGAAUAAAUUUGUGAAACAGUUGAAUGCAUCUAUAGUGGCAACAGAACGAGAACAUGAGGAUGUGGAAACAGUGAACUAUCUCAAACAAAAGGAAGCAAUACAAAUAAAGCUAAUAAGAGACAGUUUGGCAAAUUUCAAUAACUUUCAAAAGAGAUUUGAAUCAUGUCAAACAACCCAGUUGCCCGAAGAUGGAUCUAACUUGCUGGAGGCAGAACCUGGAACAGCUCAACAACAACAACAACAACAACAACAGGUACAAAUCACUUAUGAACCCAUUAAUGCUGAAGAGUUGGAACAACAAACGUUACUUAUUCAAGAACGUGAACGAGAAAUACAUCAGAUCCAACAGGACACACAAGAAAUCAAUGAUAUUUUCAGCAACUUGUCAUCCAUAGUGAAUGAACAACAGUUUCAAAUUGAUAGUAUUGAAAAUAAUAUUUUCAGUUAUAAUUCAAAUGCAAGAGAAGCAUCAAAUGAACUUCGCAGAGCAGAAAGAUAUCAGAAGAGUUCUAGUGGAAGGUUAUUAUGUUGUUUCUUAAUACUUGUUGGUAUAGUAUCGUUUAUAAUUUUAAUAGGGUUGAUUUUUUAG